AUGUUCUUAGGGGCAGGUGUAAGGCCUAGAUGGAAUCGAUAUGGCCAAUGUACAUUUGAUGGGAAAAUUAGCAUAUUCCCUUUCAUUAAUAGGGUGGCAGCACAAAGGGACUCAAAAACUCGACCAAGGGGGUUAAUAGAUAUCAAACCAACCGAGUCAGUUACUCAAGAGGUGUAUAGGAAUAUGCUUAUACAACAACUCAUUCCAGCCAUACUAAGAAAGUGGCCAAGUGAAGGUCUUUCACUUAUUUUUAUUCAACAAGAUAAUGCAAGAGUUCAUAUCACAAAUGAUGAUUCGAUUUGGCAACAACAGAAUAGGCAAGGUGGUUUAACAUUCAUUCUUACACAACAACCUCCAAACAGUCCGGAUUGUAACAUUCUUGAUUUGGGUUUCUUUAGAAGCAUACAAUCGUUAAUGCAUAAAAAGAUGCCCAAAAACAAGACAGAAUUGAUAACGGCAGUUGAAGAUGCAUUCGGAGAGUUACAUCCAAAGACAUUAACAAAUGUAUGGAUCUCAUUACAACAUCAUUUAAAUGAGAUUCUAAAGGUUAAGAGAUGUAAUGACUACAUACAACCACACUUUGGAAAGAAGGUACAAGAAGACAAUGACAGGUUAAGGAUUCAAGUUAGAACACCAAUACAAUUGGUUAGAGAAGUUGUUGCUUUUCUUAACGCAAAUAGAGAACAACAACCAACACAAGCACAUACAGAGAAUGAGGAUGUUGCACAAACUUCAUAA